CUCCCCGCUCGCUCUUCUCUCUCCUGUCGAACUCUUCUCUCUCUCCUCUCACUCUCUCCGUCUCCUCUCUCCCAUGUUUGUCCCCUUCACAGUUGCAGCGAACAAAGAAGGAAUCUGCCCACAAAAUUCGACUUGUAAUUUUGUGGGCUUUCGGUUCGCUUCUGCUUGAUGAUGAUUUCUGAUUGUAAAUUAAGGUUUAGCUGCUAUCCUCUUCUCCUCUUUCCUUCCCUCUCUGUCUCAUCUUUCUUUUAAUCGAGUUUCUUUUUAUCUCUUCCUAGAACUCUCAAGUUAUCGAGUUCUGGGGACGUCUGGGUGGGGGCGCCACUACCCCGAGAUCCCCUCAAUCUAAAACCCUAAUUCAUUGCAAUACGCAGCCCGAAUUGGCUUUUGAGAUCCCCAAUUUCAUGUUUUCCUUCCGUUAGUUUCGAUUUUGUGAGCUUAGGCUCGGGUUUUCUGUACGAUUCUUGUUGAAUCUUUCGUGGUUGUGGAGUUCCGGUCAUUCCAGGUUUCUGAUUUUUUGUUCUCGAUUUUUCAUGUCGCAUGCAUGCCACUGGAGCUGAUUGGGUUAAAAAGUCGAGAGUCUGUUUCGAUUUUGUCCAUCCCGUUUCCUUUUGCGGAAUGAUUGCCUUAUUUGCUUUGGUGAGUGGAGAUGAUUGAUGACCAAUAUGUAAGAUCUGUAGAGAGAGAAGGGGGGAGACAUGUGUGUGUGUGUGUGUGAGAGAGAGAGAGAGAGAGAGAGAGAGAGAGAGAGAUCGAACAUGAGAACAUGAGACUGAGAGCUCGAGCUCUGGGCUAAUCUAUGGGAGUGGUAGAUCAAAGAAGACAGCUUCUUCUUCAACAGGAAUCUGACGAGCAAGUGGACUAGGCCAAAGACGAACUCAGGGGGGAGAGAGAGACGAGAGAGAUGUAGCUGAGUUUGUAGGGAUGAGAGCGCGGAGAGUCCUCGAAAUCUGCAGGAUGGGGGUGAUCAACUACGCGGAUGCGCUCAAGCUGCAGGAGAAGCUCGUGCUCGACCGGAAGGCCGGUAUUAUCCCAGACACGUUACUGUCCCUGCAGCACCCCCCGACGUACACUCUGGGGAAACGUAGAACCGAUAACAACUUGUUGAUCCCUCUAUCGGACCUCAAGAAGAUCGGAGCCCAACUCCACUACACCCAAAGAGGAGGGGAUAUUACCUUCCACGGGCCACGCCAAGCGAUCCUGUACCCUAUUAUCGCCCUUCGGGAGAUGGGGCUUGGUGCCAGGUUGUACGUCGAGAAGCUCGAGCGGACUAUGAUCGAGUUGUCUUCUCAGUACGGAGUGAGGGCUUCUCCUGGAAAAUCUGGCGAGACAGGAGUCUGGGUUGAGGACAGGAAAAUUGGCGCCAUUGGAGUCCGAAUCUCAAAUGGCAUAACCUCUCAUGGACUGGCAUACAAUAUUGAUCCUGAUCUGAGAUAUUUCAAGCAUAUUGUGCCUUGCGGCAUCGCCAAUAAGGAAGUCACGUCCUUGAAGAGGGAGGCAGAGGUUGAACUUCCGGCAGAAGAUGUUGUCCAGGAUCGGUUGGUCUCCUGCUUUGUUGAGAUAUUUGGGUAUGAUAGUACUGUUUGGAAGGGCAGCGAUUCCCUUGUGGUUACUAAAGGAGAGACCUAAAUGAGGUUGUGUUGUUUUGUCAUAGUUACCACGUAUAUCUAUUGACGAUUUCUUCGAUUCGGUGAUCGAUUCAUUGUUCCAUAACUAUGACACAAUUCUUUUCAUUGUUGAUGGAAAAAUUGAUCUGAUGAA